AUGGCCGACGCUCCCGCUCCCGCGGCCCCCGAGAUGUCCAAGCGGGCCGCCGAGAAGGCCCGCAAGAAGGCUGAGGCCGCCGCGAAGAAGGCCGCCGCAAAGGCCGAAGCUGCCCUCCGACCAAAGCCUGCCGAGUCCAAGCCUGCCAACGUCUUCGAGGAGGGCUGGCUGAAGCGCGUCUACAACGAGAAGCCCGUCGCCGACGUCCGCACGCGUUUCCCGCCCGAGCCCAAUGGCUAUCUGCACAUCGGUCAUGCCAAGGCCAUUGCCGUCAACUUUGGCUUCGCGAAGAACUACAACGGCGUCUGCAUUCUGCGCUUCGACGACACGAACCCCGCCAAGGAGGAGGAGAAGUUCUUUACUUCCAUCCAAGACAUGGUGGCCUGGCUGGGCUUCAAGCCGCACGCCAUAACCUACAGCAGCGACAACUUCGAUAAGCUGUAUGAGCUGGCCGAGGAGAUGAUCAAGCGGGACAAGGGAUAUGUGUGCCACUGCACCAGGGAGGAGGUCAACCGCCAGCGCGGCGAGAACAAGGGCGGCGACCGUUUUGCCUGCGCACACCGCGCCAGGCCCGUCGAGGAAUCGCUGGCCGAGUUCCGCGCCAUGCGCGACGGCAAGUACAAGCCCGGCGAGGCCCACCUACGCAUGAAGCAGAGUCUCCUUGAUCCCAAGGAGGGCAACCCGCAGAUGUGGGACCUGGCCGCCUACCGCAUUGUCGAGCAGAACCACCACUUCCGCACCGGUGACAAGUGGAAGAUCUAUCCCACCUACGACUUCACCCACUGCAUCUGCGAUGCUCUUGAGAACAUCACCCACUCUUUGUGCACUACCGAGUUCCAGCAGUCCCGCAUAUCUUAUGAUUGGCUCCUGGAGAUUCUGGACAUGAAGGUGCCCAAGUCGGAAGAGAAGGGCCCCAUGCAGCGAGAGUACGGCCGUCUCAAUGUGGAGGGUACUAUCCUCUCGAAGCGGCGUAUUGCCAUGCUCGUCGAGGGAUGUACUGUUGACAAGAAGAACGAGGACGGCACUGUGACCACCAAGAAAAUCUCGCCGGCUGUCCGUGGCUGGGAUGACCCCCGUCUGUAUACUCUCGUCGCUCUCCGCCGCCGCGGCAUUCCCGCCCAAGCUCUGCUGAGCUUUGUCCAUGAAUUGGGCGUGACAGACGCGCUCACCAGCAUCCAGGCAGUCCGACUUGAUAACGCUGUCCGCAAGCACCUCGAGCGCACAGUGCCGCGUCUCAGCCUAAUUCUUGACCCGAUCAAGGUUGUCAUCGAAGACGUGCCGGAGGACCACCAGGAGGAGAUCUCUGUGCCCUUUGACCCGAAGAAGCCCGACGGUGACAAGCGCAAUGUGCCCUUUUCGCGUAGCGUCUACGUUGACCGUAGCGACUUCCGCGAGGAGUCCGAUCCCAACUUCUUCCGCCUUGCACCCGGCCAGACCGUUGGUCUUCUUAACGUCGGCCCCAUCAAGGCGACAUCUUUCACCAGGGAUUCGGCUACCGGCCUCGUCAACGAGAUUCGCGCCGUCAAGACGGAUCCCACGGUCAAGCCCAAGGGUUGGAUCCACUGGGUCGACGCGAAGACAAACCACCGCGUCGUAGCCCGCCAGUACAACGCUCUCUUCCGUGCUGCAGAGCCGAAUGCGUUGGACUGGAAGACUGGUGGUUACGCUGACGAUCUCAACCCUGACAGCGAAAUCGUUCACAAGAAUGCCGUCAUUGAGAAGGGUCUCGAUGCUUUGACCGCCGCACACUCAACCAAGCCCGAAGGUGGCUCGGAUGACCUUGUUCGCUUCCAGGCCAUGCGCACAGGUUACUUCUGCAUUGACCCUGAACGAGAAGGUGAUGCGAUUGUGCUUAACCAGAUCGUCACGUUGAAGGAGGACAAGGAUAAAUGA